GAUGUCGAUAAUUUGAAGGAAUUGUACUUGCCUAAUCCACGUUCAAGCAUAAGAUCGGUAUAUCUUUACAACGAUAAAGGAAGACUCUACGAAGUUCAAAAGGUAUCUAAUGGAAGAUCGUCUUGGCUUUUAGACAGUCAUUUAUACAAAGAUGGAGGCGUUCGUUUUAUAACGCCCGUGGAUCCUUUGCUCAUAGCUCUGCCUAUUUUUCAGAAUGCAUUUCAGCAGGACAAGAAUGAGUUCAAAACACUUGAUGAUAUACUUUGUCGCCAAAAUAUAUUAGAACAGAAGCGGGCACAACCAUUGGAUGUUCAUCGUUUAAUUAAUAUUUCUGGGUUCAUUGAACAGCUAGCACAUAUCUGCGAUAUGCAAGAAAUCGCACCCGCUUUCUUUGCAUACAGAUUAAAUGAAAAAUCAGUGCUUACCUGGCUCGAGAAGAAAGUAGAUAGAUUAUUGAAUAAUCCAACAUUCAAGGCUUACUUUACUGAAAAUGAAGAUGAGAACACCGUCAAAUUGGAAGCUGUGUACACAUUAUCAAAUUAUUUGAACAGACAAUGGUUCGAAAAGCUUUUGGACAAAUUACAGUAA